GAUGGGAAGGAGUGGGGAAGGGACGAAAGGGGAGGAAAGGAAGGAGGAGAAGCGGGAGUGGAUGUAAAAGAGAGAGAGAGGUUCGGAUACGCGGAUACAGAUUCAUCGUGUCGGUGGCCGCUGCGGCAAAUCUGCAGACUUUCGUGGCGAACGUUGAAAAUAAGCGGUGACUGCACCCUUCGUACGGAUUAUUCGGCAACUUUCGACUCUCGUGAGAGUUCACCUUCGUCGUGACUACGAAAGUAGCUUCGAGUACGGCCAACCCCCGUGUUGAAUCCUUUGCCGGAGGACGACGACACUGGCUCUUUCUCUCUCGUUCUCGACUGCCACUCCAUCUCCCACUCUCUGUCUAUCUCUCGAUCUCUCUCUCUCUCUCUUUCUCUUCUCUCUUUCUCUCAUCGUUAGAGAAGAAGGGAGAUACUGGCUGGCGCGCAUAUACGAAGAAGAAGAGACGCGUACCGAGAGAGAGAGAGAGAGAGAGAGAGAGAGAAGAGAGAGAGAAAGAUAGAUAGAUAGAUAGACAGUGACACACUCGAUCCCUUUCUCCCUCUCCUCGUCAUCUCUCUCUCUCUCUGUCUCUUUGCCACUAUCUGUUUCUCUAUCUCUCUCUAUUUCUCCUCUCUCUCUCUCUCUCUCUCUCUCUCUCUCUCUCUCUCUCUCAGUCGCUCUUUCUCUCUGGCUCACCGUUCGGUGUUCUACAGAGAGACAGGUAGAGAGACGAUGAGGAUUCUCGAUGGAGGAAGCGACGGAUCCCUCUUGGUCCGUUCUCAAAGCAUGGAGCCCGCGUACGCCUCUCGCCAUUCCCGCGGAGUCGCGUCGUCGUCGUUGUCGCCUGCCACGAAACUCCAGCCGCGAGAAGAUUGAUUGAUCGGACGGGAAACUAAGAAGGAAGACGGACCUGAAAUCCGCCGAUGCUAGUUCACGGGUUUUCUUCUUUUUUUUCUACUGUUACGAGCUUUCCCACUUUUCUGGGAGUACGUCGUCGACCGCACGAUUAUUCUCGGACGGUGAGAAUUCUGACGGUGAUCUGUCUCCCUUUUGGUGUGAUAGAGUGUGAGAAAGUGCAUCUUUCGAGACAAAAAGCGAGAUGAGUUUGAAAGUUAACUGGUGAUUCUCAGACGCGAGAAAACCACGUCAAGCGUGAAGCGAUUAACGCGGCGACGUGCUCGAACAGGAAGGCUAGAAGGUGGACAGGAUGGGUAGAAACAUGAGAAGCUCGAGAGAGAGGGGAAACGCCGUGGUUCUUUUGGAAAUCGGAUUGCUUCCGUAUUAGCUUAAGCCGUAAGGAUAUAUCCGUGGAGUCGAAAGUAGGCCGAGUUCCGGUCUACGCGUGCAUUGAGUCUACUUAAUCAGGAUGAAAUCCAAGACUCCGGCAACAAUAGUCUCGCGAUGCCCGAAGGACCGGUGGGCAAAAUGAAAGCUCCUGAGAAACAAUGGAAGCGUCCACGCAAGCAUGACGGCCUCUUUCAGAUUCGUGGAGACCAUGUUUAGCCGUGCCCAAGGGAAACACUCUUCUUACAAAGCUCGUCCUUGCCGAGCUGAUCGAAGAAUAUCGACGGUCGGCUGACCGUGUCCUUCGAUCGACGUUAACGUACAACAAGUAAGGCGAUCGCAGACACCGCGGAGAAAGGAACUGCCGGAGGAUUAUGUUAGUGAAAAGGCAACACCCUCUACGAGGGCGCAUAUUACUCGCCCUCUUCUUACUCGUCGUAAGUUUCGCCUUGCCCUCGAAAGCGGCAGCUUUUCCGGAUUGGACGGACUGUCCUGCUGUCUGCAGAUGCAAGUGGACGUCCGGAAAAAAGUCUGCUCUCUGUCCGGACGCCGGUUUGACGUCGCUUCCAGCCUCCUUGGAUCCAGACAUGCAAGUUUUGGAACUGUCGGGCAACAAAAUACCAGCCCUCCAAUCGGAGAUCUUCAAACGUGCCGGUCUGUUGAAUCUCCAAAGGGUCUUUCUAAGAAACGCUGGGAUUCACGAGAUUCACGCGGACUCGUUCAGAGACAUGAGGAUAUUAGUAGAAAUCGAUCUUUCGGACAAUCACGUGAGAAGCUUAGAUCCGGACACUUUUCUCGGUAACGAGAGGCUCAGGAUUCUUAUACUCAGCGGUAAUCCUUUGGGCGUCCUCAAGAGCCAUCAAUUUCCGGUCCUCCAACACCUCAGAAAUUUGGAGUUGCAGAGGUGUUCCUUGACCGAUAUACACGGGCAAGCCUUCGUGAGACUCGCAGGCUUGGAGUCUUUGAAACUCGAUGGCAACGAACUCGAGUACUUGGAAGCUUCGGUCAUAUCGAGUUUACCUCGUCUCAAGACUCUCACCUUGGACGGUAACCGUUGGAGUUGCGACUGCAGAUUACGAGGAUUUCGUACUUGGCUUAUACCUGAGACGCCGAGCAAAUUGUAUUCCGUGCCGCAGUUGUGUUCAACGCCACAGAGGUUGGAAGGUCGAAGAUGGGAAGAAGUAAAGCCCGUCGAGUUCGCUUGCGAGCCCGAGGUAUUUGUAUUGGCCAAUACGAUACAGGAGGAAAGCAAUGGUAACUUGAGUCUCGCGUGUUUGGCUACCGGAGACCCGGAGCCCGAAGUUUGGUGGCAACUCAACGGUGGUCCUGUGAACGCAACGAGAAUCUCCGAUCAGCCGUACGUAGGGACUUACGUAUCUCACGUAUCCUCGGACACGAAUCUCGCCUACAACGAGAAAUCCGAGAGAACCACCGACAGGUGGAGCAAUUUAACGGUUUACAACGCUAGCGACGGUGACGCAGGGGAGUACGCGUGUUUCGCGAAGAACAUAGCGGGUCUCGCUAGGGACACGGUAAGCGUCGCCAUACCACGUAUCUACACCGCACCGACUUUGUCCCAGAGCGACAAUUGGUUGCUUUGGGUCAGUCUGGCGGGUGGUGGUGCGGCCGCCCUUGGUGCUUCCAUUUCGGCCAUUCUUUUGGCUUUCUGCUUGUGCGGUGGCUCCCGUCGUAACGGGAAACGCGAGAAGAUCAAACUCCAAGGUAGUACGAGCUUCGGGGAUCAGGAAAAGAAACUUUUGGAUCUGUCGGUGACGACUACGACGGCUGGUAGCGCGAACGAUCGCGCCAGCGGUCACGGUAGUUUGGCCGAGGCAUGUAGUACGGGUGACCUUGAACUGGCCGAGCGUGUUUCUAUCUGUGAUCACAUGGGAGCUGCAACGGUGACCGUCGAAAGACUCAGACCGGAGAUAAGCAAUUCGACUGCCGUGUGUCGUGCCAUUCCAUGUGCCCCCGGUUUUCCCCCACCGCCGCCAGAAUUUACAACGGGCGUCCUACCAGCCGGCAUCUUCGGCAACAUCUUCAUCUCCGUAUCUUUGCCGCAGGACUCGACGGAACGUUGUUACCCCGAUCUACUCGACAUACCCGUCCAUGGUGUUGUCAGCGGCGUCACCGAGAAGAGCACGGUCGCUGCGUUGCCAUCGACCCCCUGUGUAUCCAGUUUCGCGACUCUUCCUCGACGAGCCCUUCGCAACACGGACCUUGGUUCGCCUUACGACAAUAUGGGCCCGAGGGUCACUGCCAAUGGAAGUUCCGCGUUCUCCCUGACCGACGUGGAUUUGAGAUUAUCGCCACCUCCACCGCCACGGAUCAUUCAACCGCCGCACGAGUUUGUCUCUCUUUAAAAAGACUUCGUGACAAAGAAGAAACAAAAAGAAGUCAAACCAGAAAAUCUAUCGUAGAUCCGCAUAGAUCUCCCGUAUACGUUUCGAUCGAAAAAAGACGAGAUCGUUCGCGUUAAUAGUUUCGAUGCAUCUCUCGGCUGCGUGGAUUCUUUUCCCCCUCUCCCUUUCUUUUUUCUUUCUCUUUUUUUUUUCUUCUUCUUUUUUUUCCCCUCUCUUUCCUUUAACACUCAGCCGAUAUAAAAGAGACUCGAAGGCUGAUCUAGCGUUAGACGAGAACGAACAGAGAACUUUUCGACCUGAUUCGUCGCCCAUGAGAAACAGAAAAAGAAUAAAAAGAAAGGGAGAGAGAGAAAGAACACCGUGUUGUGACGUGUUUUCGAGACUGAAAAGGACAGAGACUGUAAAAGAGCUGGGGAUACCAGCAAAGAAGCAGUUUUAGCUAGGUGUCGGUUUGACACCUGUCUCUGAAUUUUGAAUAUCUGUCUGUCCGCUUGUCUGCCCGCCUUGCCUGCUUGCGUGAGUGCCCGAGAAUAUCUCGUAAUCCAAAUGACAAAGGGAUAAUGAAAGAAGAAAAGAUAAAGGGAAGAAAAGGAAAGAGAAAAAAAAGAAUUACAUAAAAAAACAGAGGAGAGCAAAAAAAUAAAAAAGCACAGAGAGAGAGAGAGAGAGUGAGAGAGAGAAAGUUUCCUUUUUAGACGUCGAUGUCUCCGAAAAUGACGAUGAGACAUUUGUACAUAGUUCGCGGAUCCUCCUUCAACGAAGUUCAUCGAUCGAAUCGAUAACCGUGACGAACGAAAGAAAAAGAAAAAGAAACAAGAAGUAAAUCUUUCCUUCUUUCACGGCCGAUUAUUUCUUUCUUGUACCUUUGCAUACCGUACAUCCACCCGCCCAUCUACUUUCCCAAUCCACCCCAACCCACCCCACCC